AUGUCAAGACCUAGAGGUAAAUCUGAGGCCCAGAUCAAUACUGAAAAGAUCAAUGCUGCCUUGGAAGUUAUGGAAGAAAAACCGAUGAUGCCAGAUUCUACUGCCAAAAUAGGAUCGGGCGAUUUGGAGUCCUAUGUAUUGGAAGAUGGUUCCAGAGUCUCUACAAAGGACAGAGUUGUUACUAGCGUGGCACCCAUCACGAAUAAAGUACCUGAAGACCAUGAAUUGUUUUAUCGAGAUACUGGAUUACCAAAUCAUGAAUUUUUGAGAGAACAUUUCAGGAAAGAAGGUAGACUUAGAGAGGAUCAGGCGUUGAAAAUUUUAGAAAUGGCAAAGAAUUGUCUUGGAGAGGAACCAAAUCUUUUGAAUGUACCAGCACCGGUUACAGUUUGUGGUGAUAUUCAUGGUCAAUAUUAUGAUCUUUUGAAGCUAUUUGAAGUUGGUGGUAAUCCCAAAGACACACCGUACCUAUUUCUAGGUGAUUAUGUGGAUCGUGGUUCAUUUUCAUUUGAAUGUUUGAUCUAUCUAUACUCAUUGAAAUUGAAUUUUAAGGAUCAUUUUUGGCUAUUAAGAGGGAAUCAUGAGUGUAAACAUUUAACAUCAUAUUUCACUUUCAAAAAUGAAUGUUUGCACAAAUAUACUUUGAAAGUUUAUGAAGCAUGCUGUAGAUCUUUCAAUGCACUGCCAUUAGCUGCUCUUAUGAAUGGUCAAUACUUCUGUGUACAUGGUGGUAUUUCUCCAGAGCUUCAUACGGCACAAGACGUUAACAAGAUAAACAGAUUUAGGGAAAUCCCAUCUAGAGGACUAAUGUGUGAUCUGGUUUGGGCUGAUCCUAUAGAAACUUAUGAUGAAGAUGCUGAAGAACAUACGUUGGAGAAGUUUGUCCCUAAUUCGAUAAGAGGUUGUUCAUUUGCCUUUACUUAUCAAGCUUCAUGUGAUUUCCUACAGAGAACUGGUCUACUGUCCAUUAUUAGAGCACAUGAAGCUCAAGAUGCUGGUUACAGAAUGUACAAGAACACAAAGACUCUUGGUUUCCCCAGUCUUUUGACGCUUUUCAGUGCACCAAAUUAUCUGGAUACCUACAGAAACAAGGCCGCAGUUCUGAAAUACGAGUCCAACGUUAUGAAUAUUCGUCAAUUUAACAUGUCACCUCAUCCCUAUUGGUUGCCAGAUUUUAUGGAUGUUUUCACUUGGUCGCUACCAUUUGUUGGUGAAAAAGUAACGGAAAUGUUAGUUUCAAUUUUAAACAUCUGUACGGACGAUGAGCUCGAAGAAGAUACUCCUGUUAUUCAAAACCGUGUUGGUGAAAAACCUGAUCCACAAACCGGCGAAACCGAUAAGAAGGAUCAAACAACAUCGAGUAUUUUGGAUGAUGAAGCUAGAAGGAAAGCCCUGCGUAACAAAAUUUUGGCUAUCGCUAAAGUUUCAAGAAUGUAUUCGGUUUUGAGGAAAGAGGGUGAUAAAGUAGAAUAUUUAAAGGCAAUGAAUGCGGGUACUCUACCUCGUGGUGCCUUGGCUCAUGGUCCUGAAGGUUUAAGUGAAACUUUGUCAACUUUUGAAAGAGCAAGAAAACAAGACUUGGUCAAUGAAAAAAUGCCACCUUCACUAGAAGAAGUUAGAAGGGAAAAGACGAAUUUUUACAAGGAUAUCAUGAGGAAAAUGGAACAAAAAAGGUAA